GUGGCCCGGCAGGGCCCGGCAGCCAUGGCGCGAGCCGCCAGCCCCGCCGAGGUGGUGCGCGCGGCGCAGAAGGACGAGCAGUACCGCGGCGAGCUGCGGAGCGCGGCGGGCGGCGCCCUGCACAGCCUGGCGGGGGCGAGGAGGUGGCUGGAGUGGCGGCGGGAGGUCGAGCUGCUCUCGGACCUGGCCUACUUGGGCCUCACGACGGCCGCAGGCUACCAGACCCUCGGGGAGGAGUACGUGGGCCUCGUGCAGGUGGACCCGUCCCGGCAGCGCGUGCCCUCCCGGCUGCGCCGCGGCGUCCUGGUGGCGCUGCACGCCGUGCUGCCCUACGCGCUGGACAAGGCCCUGCUGCCCCUGGAGCAGGAGCUGCAGGCCGACGGCGCCCGGGCGGCGCAGGGCGGCCGGCGCGGGCUGCGGCCCUGGGUGCGGCUCCGGGCGGCCGCCCUCACGGAGCAGCAGCGGCGGGCGCUGCAGCGGGCGCUCUUCGUCCUCAGGCAGGGCCUGGCCUGCCUGCAGCGGCUGCACGUCGCCUGGUUCUACAUCCACGGCGCCUUCUACCACCUGGCCAAGAGGCUCACGGGGGUCACGUACGUAAGUAGCGGUGCUGCCACCCCUGGGCCGCAGCCACUCUUGACGGGGUGGGCCCGGGCCCGACUGCCUCGACAGCUCCGCGCCCGCCGCCUGCCUGGAGAGGACCUGAGGGCCCGCGCGAGCUACCGGCUGCUGGGGCUGCUGUCCCUGCUGCACCUGGCGCUGUCCGUGGGGCUGCAGCUGCACGGCUUCCGGCAGAGGCAGCGCGCCAGGAAGGAGUGGAGGCUGCACCGCCACCUGUCCCACCACAGGAGCUCCCUGGAAGACAGAGCGGUUCCCAGAAGCCCGCUGUGCACACUGUGCCUGGAGGAGCGCCGGCACGCCACAGCCACGCCCUGCGGCCACCUCUUCUGCUGGGAGUGCAUCACCGAGUGGUGCGGCACCAAGACGGAGUGUCCCCUGUGCAGGGAGAAGUUUGCUCCCCAGAGGCUGGUGUACCUGCGCCACUACCGCUGACCCCGCCCCCAGGGCCAGAGGGGAGGACCAGGCGCCUGAGGUCCACCAGGGUCUGGGAUGUUCGCUCCACCUCUCUGUCCCGCGGCUGCCCCUUCCGUCAACCCCCUGCAGCUCACCCGGAGGAGGGUCUGGGUUUCUUCCUCCCCCCACCCCAGGCAGCCAGGACCCCUCCCCCUGCCUGUUUCAAGAAGACGACUAGGAGCCUCGGGCUUACAGAGGCCAUGGCCUGAGUGUCCGUGGGGACGGGGCUGUGGUCAGAAGGGAGCCAGGCAGCUGGAGGAAGCAGGCGUCCCCCGGGUGGUGGGCAGAGGCUGGCUCCCUGCAGCUCGAGUUCUUCCCUGGCCCUGGCGUGGCCCCAGCCUUUCACGACGUGCAGUGCGCGUGCUACCGCAGGCAACACCACGCCACGUCUCAGCCGCCACGCACACGGGGAAGGAGUGGGCAGCGCAGGCUGAGUGCACUGGAUGACGUCCUAGCGCCGAGGCCCCAGAAGCCACCCCCCCACCUCCGGCUGCCUGCCUCGAUCCGGUACUUCCUGGUGUCUAGGACUGCCGGGACAGAACCUGGCCACGGGCAUCUAAGAGACGAACCCCACGGGACGACUGGGUGGGGUGCAGAGGCCCGAGCUGCAGACUCAGAACAGUUAAGUGCCCAGCAGCCAUCUCUGCUCACCUGUCACUCGUGCCAGGCGCCUCCGCGGGACUGGCUUUUGGCUGAGGCCGAGCUGUCUCGGCCCUGACCUAAGUGGAGCAGCUCCAGGCUCCCUGUCCUGGGUCAGCCGGGCGCCUGUCCUCCCUGCCCGAGCGCCGUACCACACCCGUGUUCCCAGAUUCACCACCACACUGGAAACGAGCGAGCCCAGUGCUGUGACGUGGUGACAGGUGCUGCCUGGGACGUCCUCCCAGGUGACGCGUUGGGAACAGAAAAGGACUUGGCGAGGCCUCAAGCUCAGAUCCGGGCCUGCAGACGGCCGGAAAGCCCGCAGGUGAAGGCGGGCGCCGCGGGGACACAGCCCACAGGGCAGCCGUCGUCACGCAUCACGCGUCCCACGUCCCCACGUGUCCCGCGUCCCCACGCACCGCGGCCUCACCUGUGGUGCUGUCGGCAGAGGGUUCUCCCCAGGAGGCCAGGGCACUGAAGACACCACCAAAGCUGGAAUUAAAGUCCCGCAGUGAA